AUGGUCUAUUCCAAGAUAGCAUCUUUCCUCGCCAUCGCGAGUGCGCUCUUCAUGACAUCCUACGGAGCAAGCAGUGUGGGCUGUGGCAAAGACCUACCACCCUCUCAACAACCCCCUGGAGGCCCAAGCCACAAGACUGAUUUCAAUCAGACCGAUGGGACUGCCCGAAUUUACAGGAUUCAUAUCCCGUCUAAUUACACCAAGGAUACGCCCGUUCCCCUCAUAUUCUCCUUUCAUGGCCAUGGAGAUACGGCCAAGCACCAGGAAGACUUGAGCCAGUUCUCGAACGAGAGCUUUAACCCUAAUGCUAUUGCUGUGUAUCCUCAGGGAUUAAAGGAUGCGUGGCAGGGCGCUCCGUACGCCAAACCUGGCGUCAACGAUAUUGGCUUCGUUCAGGACAUGAUUGACUACUUCAGCAGCCGCUACUGCAUUGACACCACCCGUAUAUAUGCAGCUGGCAAAUCCAACGGCGGCGGCUUCACGUCCACUCUAGCUUGCUCACCCACACUAUCAAAGCAGAUCGCCGCGAUUGCCCCUGUAUCCGGUGCAUUCUACAUUCCAAUAUCCUCACCAGACGAUUGCUCGCCGGCAACAAUCCCUAUCCCGUGCAAUAUUAGCCGCAGUCCAAUCCCAAUUAUCGAAUUCCACGGCAGUGCUGACAAGGUGAUUUCGUAUGACGGCGGAUAUCAAGAUGGGGACUGUUUGCCCAGUAUACCGCAUUGGGUGAGGGAAUGGAGUAAGAGGGAUGGGUACGGGGCGAGUAAUAAGACGACAGAUUUGCAUCACGGGAAGGUCCAAAAAUACGAGUAUGGCGGUGGUAAGGGAAAUCUGGGGGUCGUGACACAUUACCUUACUCAGGGUCUUGGUCAUGCAUGGCCGAGUACGCUCCCGAAUUCUGAUAAUCCUAAUGGGACGUAUUUUGAUGCUACUCCUAUUAUUAUAGAUUUCUUCAAUAAAUAUACCUUGUAA